AAUAGCAUGAACAAUGGCCAGCCAAAACAAGGUUUGGAGGAGCCGAAGUGUGUACCUUUCAAGGCCAAGUCUCUCACCUUGGUUGCCCUGUUCCUUAACCAAAACCUGCAGCAAAACAUCAUUUUUGUCGCAAGCCGUGCAGUCCAUGGUGUGUACUCGCGCCUCAUGAUGCGCUAAACACAAUGAUCCUGUAGACCACACCACCUUAUGACAGCAUAGUACAGGUAUGAUGAGGCUGCCAACGAUGGCUGGAUGAAGAUAUCCAGCCCUUCCUUUUCCUACAUCUGCGAGCCCCUCUUUGUACGAGCAUUUCUUUCCUCCAGACUGCCUCGAGCUCUCAGCAGUGUAACAUGUCAAAUGCAAUCGAACCGCAAGUAGGCACUCUGAGGCCACUGUUCUGGGCCCACGUGUCUACGAAUAGCAACGGCCAACCCAGAGUCCUACACUCCUAUACGCUUGACCCUCGAGCUUCUGACGAGGACAGUGAUGAAGCAGAUUCAUCCAUCCUAACAUCGGACAAUAGGUCAAGCCGUCGCCCAAGCUCUUCCAUCUCCUCGACUUCUUCCACCUCCUCAACCGAAUCAGCAACUUCAUCGCAAGCAAGCUGUGAAACUGGACAGUCAAUCCGAGUUAGGAUCCGACGAGUACCUCAGAAGUGCAAACCAGUCUUGCGGAGAUGCUGUUCACCCGUCACCGAGAGCUUACGCGAGAUACGGCAGAGACAAUCAGAGGAAGACUUGCGACUUCUCUACGAGGCACAGACGUUGGCCUAUCUGAACGAUGCGAUCCACUUCUGAUUCUCGCAAGCACAACUGCAAUCAGCAAAG